GGAAGAACUCUGAUUGAGAAAAACUAUCGAUCGUAAGGCAUUUUUAUGUACAAUCUGGCGGCCAUCAAUACUAAACGAAAUCAUUGCGAAAGAAGCUCAGAGAGACAAAAGGAAUGCAAAGUGCAUGGUGUACGUAUGCGUUGACCAUAGUUAAAGGAUGCUGGCCAAGAAUGGCAGGAGGUUACCAAAAAAGAAGCAGAAGAACUGGCGAAUCCAAGCAGUUGCAGUAGCUAGCCAGCCUGAUCCAACCAAACUCAAGCCAGUCAAGGACUGCCCCAAGGAAGCAUGGAGACUACUAUUCUGUUGUGAGGGAGACAAAGCUACCCCAGGCUCGCCAUCGUCGGGUCGAGGCUUGUCAGCUGCAAGAAGCUUUCGUCUCUUGCAGCCCAGACUGUUGAGUAACCUCCCCAUCCUAGCUUAUGCAGUAUGUUGUAUCUCCCAUCGGCGAGAAAGCUUCCCAAUGUAACCGGGUGGUAGCCUCCUUUUGUAUAGCGAUGAAGAGGCUCAGUAUCAAUGGUGCAGGAAUACAGAAAUCGAUCCAUUCGAGGUAGUGUAGAAAAAGAAGAGGCGAGGUUAAAAGUGGAAGAUAGAAGAACGCUCCGCGAUGUGACGAGACUCCUUGUAAUCAUCCGGUGGAUAGUGCUAACAUGCA